GCACAAACCCACGCAGCGCGCGGACUGAAGGACUGCAUCACGCCUGCUCUUCUGCCGAGAAUCCACCCUUCAUCAUCAUACUCAUCAUCCAGCAUGAGUGAGAGACAAGAAUCCGGGUCAGCUGGAAAUAUCAAACCCUCAGGUGGACAAGAUCCGUCCAAGAAGGAUGUCCCAGCUGAGGACAUUGACAUCGACAUGGGCGCCCCCGAGACGGAGAAGGCUGCCGUUGCCAUCCAAUCGCAGUUCAGAAAGUUCCAGAAGAAGAAGCAGGCGGUGAAAUCAUAAUCGUGUCCAUGCAGGGCACCCCUGGCCCCACGCGGGCCAAGGGCACCAUUAGGGCAGGGAGUUGCAUGCCAGAUAAACUGCACUGUUCUCGGGUGGGGGGUCAUGGGUUGAUUGGGGGUGAGGGUGGGGGCAGAUGAAAGGUGAAAAGGCAAUUUGCCUUUUGCUAUCAUCUGUCAGGAAUACAAUGUGAUAUUUUGGUUUUCCCCCAGUACAUAGAUUUUUUUUUCAAUACAAUACUUUCCUUUUACAAUACUUUUGUUAUUUUUUGAUAAAUAUGAACAGACUUGUCUCAUUAACAUCAAGGUGUUUGAAUAUAUCCA